GACUCGCGCGUCGUCAAGUACUCGCCGCACAUCAAGCUCGUCUUCAGCCUCCUCAACCAGGACUCGGCCGCAGGCGGCGCCGUCCUGUCGUGGAACGCCCACGAGCUCCUCUCUCGCCACAUCCGCCCGCUCCUGUCGUCGCUCGCGCCGCUCCACAACUUUACGGUCGAAACCCAGGUGCAGUACUUUGCGCCUCUCGCGGUCCCUGUCCAUCGCGAGCAAGGGCGCGAGGGGGCGCACGUCGAGGAGCACGACCUGCGCGCGUUUGUCAACAACGCCGCUUGGAACCUGGGUCCGUCCUCGCCCUCUCCCUCUCUCUCCUCGAAGACGCGCAUGGAGUACGAUGACUGA